UUGUCUCUGUGUUGUUUAAUGAUAUUUCACCUAGCUCAAGCAGAAGGUAACACCAAAUCCAAUUGCACUGAUGAGUUCGAGUGUGGAGGCCUUGGAGCUAUGAAGUUUCCUUUCACAAAUUCCAGCAACCCUGAGUGUGGAUUAUGCAGAUCCUAAACUUCAAGAGUACUUAGAUAACAAAAGUUGCAAGUCUUUUAACAGAAACUUCUCAUUUCCAAAUUCCCCUUUGAUUUCUUUCCAAAUUGCUCCUAACUUAACCUUGUACAGAUGCAAACAUAGUCAUGACAAGACAAAUGAUUCCUUUUUCAAAGAUUUUGAUAGAUAUACUGAGUGUGAAGGUUUUAAUGUUUACUAUCACCAUCCCAAUAAAACAAUAUUGGGAAAUACUAGUGCUAAGAUAAGUGGCAAACUUCCAGAGAACUGUUCACUUGUACAACUGCCAAUUCCAUUGCCUACACCAUCAAAACCAUAUACAGGUGACUUGUUUGAACUGUUGACUUCUGAUUCUCUUCUAAACUGGGAGUUGUCCAAAGAUUGUCAUCUGUGUCUUGACAAAGGAGGGAAAUGCCAGACGAUCGAUGAACACGAGUUUCAUUGUUCCAUGAAAGGUAUAUAUAGUAUUGUUAAGAAAUAACUCUUGUUCUGCUUGUUUUCUAUUGAGUGUCUUGCCAAAGGAGGGAAAUGCUCGGUUGGUGGUGAACAUGAAUAUAGUUGUUUCAAAGGUGUUAGAAAUUUAACUCAUCUUCGAACAACCUGGUUCAUGGUGGCGACAGGUGCAGUUUUGUUUACAGUUGGACUAUUGGUUCUACUCUUCUUCUUCAGAGAAAAGAUUUUGCGGUAUAAGUGCCUCGGGUUUUGGGAAUCUAAUGCUGAGGAUCACCAAAAUAUUGAAGCAUUUUUGAAGAACUAUGGGUCAUAUGCUCCAAAGAGAUACAACUACUCAGAGGUCAAAAGGAUGACCAGUUGCUUCAAAAACAAACUAGGUCAAGGUGGAUAUGGUUCUGUAUACAAAGGAACUCUGCAAAAUGGAAAUCAUGUGGCUGUGAAGGUCCUGAAUGGACUAAAAGGCAAUGGUGAAGAAUUCAUUAACGAGGUGGCAAGUAUUAGCAGAACAUCGCAUGUUAACAUCACUGAUCCCUCAAAUCGACCAUCGAUGAGCAAGGUUGUGGAAAUGUUAGAAGGGAAACUAGACUCUUUGCAAAUGCCUCCCAAGCCUUACCUGUAUUCUCCCACAGGAACUGAGACUGAUCCCUCAAAUCGACCAUCGAUGAGCAAGGUUGUGGAAAUGUUAGAAGGGAAACUAGACUCUUUGCAAAUGCCUCCCAAGCCUUACCUAUAUUCUCCCACAAGAACUGAGGUAGAUUUAUCAGUACUAGAGCUGGCCCAGUCUUAA